AUGCCGUAUCGUCUGGAUGUUUACGUGCCAGAGGAAGCUGUGGAGACUGUUAAAGAGGCUCUUUUUGCAGCGGGGGCAGGGAAAAUAGGCAACUAUGACUGCUGUUGUUAUACAACAAAAGGUGUUGGCCAGUUUAGGCCGCUUCCAGGCUCCAAUCCAGCCAAGGGUAGCUUGGGUAACGUAUGUGUCUGUGCCGAAGAUAAGCUAGAGAUGAUCGUCGCUGACGGUUGUAUAGACUCUGUGAUAGAGGCCUUGCGAAAAGCUCACCCCUACGAGACACCGGCUUUCCAGUAUUGGAAGGUCAACUCGUAG